GUGACACUUUACAAAACUUGCAUAAGACCCGUCAUGACUUACGCGAGUGUGGUGUUCGCUCACGCGGCCCGCACACACAUAGUAAUCCUCCAAUCCCUACAAUCCCGCUUUUGCAGGUUCCGCAGUUUCCGUGGACCUGGGCCUCGAAUCGAUCCGCAAACACAUGAAGUCAGCGUCGGAACGCCACUUCAAUAGGUUCACAUUAAUCCGUAAAUACGGCUACCCGUGCGAAAUACACAGAGUAUACACAGAAGAUGGAUACAUAUUGGAAAUGCAUAGAGUACCUAACGGCAAAUACAACGCGAAAAAAGGCCCCAAGCCGGUUGUGCUCCUACAGCAUGGACUACUGUCGUCCUCUGCGGAAUGGGUGCUUAUGACCCCCGGGAAAGGUUUAGCAUACAUCUUAGCUGAAAUCGGAUAUGACGUCUGGAUGGGAAACGCUAGAGGAAACACGUAUUCUCGUCAUCACAAAUCCUUAGUGGCCACUUCCUCGGAGUUUUGGAAAUUCAGCUGGCACGAAAUAGGUUACUACGACCUGCCCGCAAUGAUAGACUACGUCAUCAAAGAAACCGGUGCACCUAAAAUUCAGUAUAUUGGAUUCUCUCAGGGCACCACAGUGUUCUGGGUGAUGACGUCCACUCGGCCGGAAUACAACGACAAGGUUUCGGCUAUGCAAGCUUUAGCCCCGGUCGUGUAUCUACGAAACGUGAGGAGCCCUCUUGUGAAGGCCAUUGCUCCAUUUACGAACACUUUGGAAAUAAUAUUCAAGUUAUUAGGAAAAAACGAGCUAUUACCGAACGGCAAAAUUAACGAACUUGCCGGACAAACUGUAUGUGUUGAGGAAGCUAUCACGCAGUUCCUUUGUACGAAUCUACUGUUCCUAGUCUGUGGUUUCAACGAGGAGCAAUUGAAUAAAACAAUGCUGCCAGUAGUGAUGGGUCACACUCCAGCGGGCUCAUCCACAAGGCAAUUCGUACAUUUCGGUCAGAUUUACAAAUCCGAUGAGUUCUUACAAUUCAAUCACGGGUGGAUAAAGAACAAAUUCGUUUACGGUACAUUUAGACCGCCCGCAUACAAUCUGAGCGCGAUUCGGACACCUGCAUUCCUUCACUACGCUGACAACGACUGGUUGUCGACACCGAAUGACGUCCAUAGACUAUCAAGAUCCUUGAAAUCCGUCGUCGGCAAGUUCAAAGUACCCAUGCCAGAAUUCAAUCAUUUAGAUUUCGUUUUUGCCAUCAACGCAACGAAUUACAUAUACUCUAGAUUAAUAAACAUAAUGGAACAGUUCAAGUAGACAGUGAAUCUUCAAUCUAUACAUAUGAAUAAAAUUGGAGUGUCUUUUUGUGAUAUUGAAAUAACCGCUUUUUACUACAUGCAUAUGAAUAUACUAUAUACGGUACAUACACCAAAAUAACAUUUUUUACAAUUUUUCUCUGUCUGUCAGUCUGUUUGUUCCGGCCAAUCUCUGAAACGGCUGGACCGAUUUUGAUGAGACUUUCACUGAUAGGUAGCUGAUGAUAUAGGGAGUAACUUAGGCUACUUUUUUUAGACUAGCUUCGCCCCGCGGCGUCACCCGCGGUACAACAAUAAUCGCAGGUAACACGCGAGACUCAGCUAUCAAUAAUAAAAUUUAAUGUUUCCGAAGCGUAGCGAGGGCGGGUCGCUAGUUAUAAAUAAAUAAAUAAAUAAAUAUUUACUAACAAUCACGCCUCGUUAACUGGUCCCGUGAUAAGUUCGUAAAGAACUUGUGUUACAGGUACCAGAUAACGGAAAUAAAUGUAAGAUUUUUAUUAUACACAUACAUAUUAUUAUAUUUAAUAUACAUCCAUAACCCUGGAAAAGACAUUUUAUAUUUUUCAUAUCAAUAUCUUCCCUUGGCGGGAUUUGAACCCGCGACCCCCUUGUGUAGUGACCAUGUCACUUACCACUACACCAGACGGCCGUUAAAGCUAGUUGAUAAUAUUAAAAGCAAUUUUACGGUUUCCAUGACAACAGACUACGACAUCUACGACUCGCAAAAACCGAAGAAAAUACUGUUAUUUAAAUAUAUAUUUUUUAUUGACUAAACAAAAAAACAUUGACGAAUUAAAUUGAUAUGUUUUAUA